AGAAGCGGUUGUCUUCGGAAGUCGGCAGAGAAUCGGCAGUGAAUCGGCAGAUCCUCGCGUCUCUUUGCAUUCGCCUUCUACGAUCUCAAACUAUAGUUACCAAGAUGGCGUACGAACUAACUGAGCAAAAAAAAGUUGGGUUAGGCCUCAUUGGUUUUGGUUUAUCCUUUACGUUUCUUGGUGUCAUCUUGUAUUUCGACAGAGGUUUGCUCGCGCUAGGAAACUUAUUUUGGUUGAUAGGUGUUGGUCUUUUACUUGGUUGGCAGUCAACUUGGAGACUAUUUACCAACAUUAAUAACUUGAGGGGCACCAUCUGUUUUGUCCUCGGAAUCUUUCUUAUAUUUGUACGUUGGCCAAUAAUCGGAAUUAUCUUGGAGAUAUAUGGUUGCAUUGUCCUAUUCGGCGGAUUUUGGUCAACGGUGAAGGUAUUCCUGUCAAAUAUUCCUUUUGUUGGAUGGAUAAUACAGUAUCCUCUCAUGGCUCUUGAGCAACUUAUACGAGGUUCUCGUUGAAAAGAUCCAUCUCAAUCUAUGCCUCUUCACUCUUCAACCUCUUCACCACAUCAAAAUGCAAAAGCUUCUCUAGAAUUCCAAUCUAAUAUCUCUUCACUCUUUAACCACUGCUAGCUUCUUCUUUUUUUCUUUCUUUCUUUUAGAAAUAGAAUUAAAUGGUUUUGCUUUCUUAUUCUUUUUGGGACAUGACAGAGACUUUGCUCUGUUUCACAUAUAUUUUUUUUAUGUGAAAUUUUUUACAUACCCAGAAAGAUGUAGUUUAUCCUUUGAAAAUUGUUCUAUGUUAUCGUUUAACAAAAAUUAUUUGGAACUAUGUAUAUAACUCCAAUCU